AUGAAGGAGAUGGCUGCAAAAGAUGGCGGUCCCAAAUAUAUACGCACCAUGGGUUCGCAAUCAUUGAGCGGACUGAAUCCGCUGUCUUCCGGUGGCAGCAGCCAGGUAUCAAUAUCUCAUUCCCCGAGUGUUCUUCUUGAUGAUAAUGGGAGUGAAGAUGUGCGGUCUGCAAAGCGCAAGAGUCCCUCAUUGUUGGCUGGUACUCCCUCCCAAAGGCCCAGAUUGAAUACCGAAGUGUCCGAAGUGGCUAGUUAUACGAGUGUGAACUCGGCUGCGAACUCAAACCUUCGAGUAGCACAGGCUUGCGACCGAUGUCGUUCCAAGAAGACCCGUUGUGAUGGUAAGAGACCGCAGUGCUCACAGUGUGCGGCUGUAGGAUUCGAGUGUCGUAUCAGUGAUAAGUUAUCGAGGAGAGCGUUCCCAAGAGGUUAUACAGAGACGUUGGAAGAGCGUGUGAGGGAGCUGGAGGCUGAGAAUAGGCGAUUAGUUGCUUUGUGUGAUAUUAAGGAGCAACAGAUUCAUUUGGUGUCCCAUUUUCCCACUAAUAAGAAAAAAAUUGGUGGAAACGAUGAGCAGAUGUUGCAAGAACUCACAGGGGCCAAUAAUGGACGACUGCGAAUCUCUUCGACCAAUUUGUUUUUGUUGAACAAGGCUAGAGAUGGGAAACAACCCGCUACCAUAAGUAACGGUGAUGAUCACAUGACCAAGCCCGAUCACGAACAUACAGGAAAGCACCGUUGUGAUGAGCUCGACUGUAAUAAUAAACUGCAUUCUAAACCAGUCUCGACGAACUUGAAUGAUCCUACUGCGAUUUCGUUCGAGCAAAAUGAAGCUCCUGGUCUUCCCGCCGUGAAGGCGCUGACUUCUAUGGCCACCAGGGAACAAAGCACUCAGUUAGCUACAUUAGUAGCGCUUUCAGUACCUCGAUCUACGGAAGAGAUACUUUUCAUUCCACAACUGCUCGCUAGGAUCAUUCAGAUCCAUGGUUUCACUUCAAAACAGUGCCUUUACUCCGUAUCGCUAUUGGCAUCUUUAAAAAAUAAUUUACCGGGUCCUCAGCUGGUUAAAUGGGAUGAACUCGACUACUUGAAGACGACUAAUUUGUGGGAAGUUGACAAUCUGGAUAAAUUCUUUCAUGAAACUUUGAAAUUUAACAUUCUUAGACCUGGGGUCAGUGAUGAUGGUGAAUCUCUAGGCUUGUCUAUCAAAGAGAUUGAUGAACUAGUGAAUUUGUUCUUUGAUUCCUGGGCAGUCCACAUACCCAUUCUCGAUAAAGAAGAGUUUUUCUCUUACUACGAUAAAUUGAAAAAGGAUAUUAGUACUCAACCAGGGCUAUUCCAAGAGGGUCCCAGCAAUUUUGCCAGAAGGAACAAGAUCAUAAGCUAUAAGAUUUUUGCCUGCAUAUUGUUCACGGUAUGUCAGAUGGGGCUUUUAACUAAAGUCAAAGGGGAGAAGAUUACAUCGGCAGAUUCUCCAUACGUUAAACUGACUUCCUACUAUCAUCGAGCAAUCUCCUUGAUUUACCUUAAUCCUUACUUUGGUGUGUUGACUACUUCCCUUCAGUCGUUGCAAUUUCUGUCGUUAUUGCUCUUCUAUUUCGUCAACACAGGGAAUGUGUCAGCUAUUUACGAAUUGCGUGGUCGUGUAGUGUCAAUGGCCCAACAAUUAAGGCUACAUCGAUGCCCAAGUGCGGUACUUGGUGGCUCGGGCUCCACUAUGAAUAAGAGAGAACAGGGUGAUAGACGUGUGCUAUUUUGGGGUAUCUACUACCUAGAUGUGUUCUCAGCUUUGCAACUUGGUGUGCCUCGUUUAAUCAAGGACUUUGAGAUAGAGUGUGCUUUACCUGUCGCCGAAAAUGACGAUAGAGAGGUCAGUCUUGCGGGACAGAUGAUACGUCUGGAAGGUCGUGUUAGCCAGUUUUCAUUGGCCAUCAUCCGGUUUGCAAAAGUGUUGGGUAAUAUACUGGAUACAGUUUUCAAGAGAGGAAUGACAGAGUCGGUCUCCAAGAAAUUGGCACUGAUUCAUGAAAAUGCAUUGGAUAAUUGGAGGAGAGGUCUGCCAGCGGAACUCAUAUUUGAAAUUGAAGUUAAUGGUACUAUCAAUAUGGACAAGUUCAACGAGAUGAAGCAGAAUAAUGCCACCGUCGAAAACGUGGAACAGAUGGUUCUACUGGUUUCCUAUUUUCUAGCAAAAUGCAUGAUCCACUUGCCAGUGGUUGCCACAAGGCCUUUACCAUCAAGCGACGAUCCAAACUCUGAUAUUAAGGAAGAAGAAGAAGUAAAUGAUAAGAACGGUGAAUCAAAUUUUGCGAUAAGAUCGUCCUCAUCAUACGUUCUACUACAACAAGCAACUAACACCAUGUUGAACGUAUUGGAAUCCUUGAAAAGCAUUUAUUUGCCGCUUCCAUUCAACGUGGCUCGCACAAAGGCAAGGUUUGCACUUUUGAGUGCCAGAGGAUCUUUAGAAUACAUUAAAGGUGGCGCACUCUUUUUAGACAACAAGGCUCUUCUCCUUGAUGUCGUCAAGAGUAUAGAAGAAGACCGUAAGUUGGAGAUACCAGGCGUCAUAUCAUGGCAUGGUUUAAAGCUACUAGAUAUGACUAUUAGUCUUUUGUUACAACCUCCAAAUACCAAAGUCGAAAAGCUGGAUAGGUUACUCAAGAAAAAGUUGAAUUACUAUAGCAGAGUGAUGGGUCGCCCCAUCUUGAAGACUUCGUCCUUGAGACAAGAGGCAAACGGCAAGAGAAGAAAUAGCUCCGAUGAUAAGCUUUCGAGGUCUGGAACGGAGGAGAAUUUCAGAGCAACCAACCUGACACCUAUCAGUUCCAAGAGUGAUGGUAGUCCCGUCGAGAAAAAAAUUAAAUUGGAAGAUGAAUCCUCAGACACUUCGAAUGCUCUGGUUGACAAGUCGUAUACUGAUGAUCUGUCUAGCUCAGCCAACCAGCCGCAAGUUCCAGCGUCCACACAGACUGCGAUAGCGGAAGCACUGCAUCUAGAUCCCGUCUUGAACAACAACAUCCUUAGUGUCGCCGAUCUCGCUGCCUUUUUUGGUGGAAACAUGCCAGCUGCAGGCGGUAACCAGCAUUCAUCAUAUACAAACCAAAAUGAUUUUGCUCCAAAACAUAUGCGCAAGGAGAAGGAACCUGCUGCCUUCUCAGACUUGGCUCACAAGAAAUCAUCUGUCACAGGUGUUGAUGGACUUUUCAGAGUACCGAGUAAUGCAGAUUUCUUGAUGGAUGAGUACUAUCCCUCUGGAACGUCUCAUAUCAAUUUGACACUCUUCAACAACAACGCGAACAACCACGACGAUACUUUCGGUCUGAGCGACGGUCAUGGUAAGGACACUGGUGUGAAUACAAAUUUUAACGUCAAGGGUGGUCAUCAAUCAACAAAUCAUAGCCAUCUGACUAACUUUAACGAUAGGUUGCAAGGGAACCAAUUGGGGUUUACUAACUCGGGCAAUAUGAAUAGUGGAUCAGAUUUCAACUUUGCUGUGGACGCUUCCCUCGGACUAGCUCCAUUACUCGACUGGUCACCAGAGAUGCACACUCACGGCAAAACCGUUAGCCAUGCCAGCGACAGAAGCGGGAUAAUACUCGACUCAAGCAUUCCGCAAUCCGAAGACGCCCUAAGUACGUUAGCAGACCGUGUGAACAAGACUCAAAGUGUUCCAGUGCCCACUCUGGCCAGCCACGGCUACAAAAAUCUCCCAGCCACUCAAUCAGAACAGCUUGCUCACGGUAUAGACAGCAACGAUGACAAUGGACCAGCAAUGUUGACCCUGGGAUCGCGCAGAGGACCAAGACGUCGGCGACAGAUGGACUACAAUUCAACAUCAAACACGUCGAAUCGGGUUCCGCAAGAGGCUAAUUUGAGCAACCUGUUCCAUUGGCAAAAUUCUAAGUAA